CCUGCAAAACUUCGAAUUAGUCGGGAAGACCAGUUCUUUGGAGCCUCUCAUUAGGAUCGCAGGGCUACGUGGAUGACCUCGGGUUUGGACGGCUUCUUGAGCACUGAUUUGCGUCUCAGAGCCUUUUCUUUCUGCAUUUCGCACAUGACAAAACGACAAAUAAGGAUAAAGAACACCAAGUCUGUCACACUAACAAGUCGAGCGAAGACGAUUACUGCCUGGUGAUCCAAUUUCGAAACAAGUGUUUUACUGAGUGAAACGAAACAAAAUAAAAACCGCGACUUUCCUCACUUGUCUGCUACAAAUAUGGCUCCCAACUACCAUGACCUCAAUGGAACCACCGUGGAUGAUUCCAAUCCCUCACGUUUUGUCUGCUUUGUUAAUGGCGUGUUGGUCGAGGAUGAUGCUCUCCAACCCGAAUGGACGCUCUUGAGCUACUUGCGGAAAAAGUUGCGCCUCUGUGGAACUAAGUUGGGUUGCGGGGAAGGCGGAUGCGGGGCAUGUACAGUCAUGGUCUCAUUUUAUGAUGCACCUAAUGAAGUCAUCAAACAUAUUUCCGUAAAUGCUUGCUUGGCACCCAUUGCUUCGGUUUAUGGAAUGGCUGUCACCACGAUUGAGGGUAUCGGAAGCACGAGAGGUAAACUGCACGCUGUUCAAGAGCGCAUGGCCAAUGCUCAUGGAUCCCAAUGUGGAUUCUGCACUCCGGGGAUUGUGAUGUCCAUGUACACUUUGCUUAGGAACAAGCCUAAGCCGGAAAUGGCUGAUAUCGAAACCUACUUUCAGGGAAAUCUCUGUCGCUGUACUGGAUAUCGUCCCAUUUUGGAAGGAUUCGAAACCUUCACCGAUUCGUGGGCACAAACUACGUCUUCAGGUUCUAAUUCCAAUGGAGGAUGCUCUGGGCCUAAAAAUGGCGUCUGCUGUCAACAGGGAACCGAUUCUUUUGGUGAAGAAAGUUCAUCGCCACUCUUUGAUGCCGCCAAAUUCAAGCUGUACGAUCCGACGCAAGAAAUCAUUUUCCCACCUUACCUAAAACUUCAUCAUGAAGAGCUUUUUAAUCGCUCUUUGACAUUUCAAAGCCCAGAAAUGUCCUGGUUUCGACCGAAUUCAUUGAAGGCUCUCCUGAAAUUGAAAGAUCAAUUCCCGGACGCGAAAAUCGUCAAUGGAAACACAGAGCUUGGCGUGGAAAUGAAGUUUAAGAACUGUAAAUACCCAGUUAUGAUUCAACCAUCUCAUGUUUCGGAGCUAACCAAUAUCACUAUGGACGUUAAUUCCAUAAAGAUUGGAGCUGCAGUCACCCUAUCUGCAAUGGAAGACUUCUUCUUAAAAGUGAUGUGUGAGAGGCCGAAGCAUGAGACCCAGAUCUUGUUCCAAAUGGUGGAAAUGCUCCGUUGGUUUGCAGGAAAGCAAAUUCGAAACGUGUCAGCCAUAGGAGGGAAUGUGAUGACGGGAAGUCCCAUUUCUGAUUUGAACCAAAUUCUUAUGGCAGCCGGGGCAAAACUCGAGUUGGCCAGCCAAUCUGGAAGCACUCGGAUUGUUACCAUGGAUCAGCAUUUCUUUACCGGUUAUAGAAAAAAUGUCGUGGAACCCACAGAGCUCUUGGUGUCAAUUAGUCUUCCAUUUUUGGCAGCAAAUCAAUAUUUCACCGCCUACAAGCAAGCCCGGAGGAGAGAUGAUGACAUUGCCAUUGUCAAUUCGGCCUUUUUCUUCGAUUUGGAUCCCAAAGAGCGGACGAUAAAUGAAGCCAGAAUGGCUUUUGGAGGUAUGGCCCCGACCACCACCAUGCCUCUACGAUCAAUGGAUCUUUGCCGAGGCAUGCCUUGGGAUAAGACAACCAUCGAGAAGAUUUCUGAUCAACUUCUGGAGGAUCUUCCGCUUCCUCCAGGAGUUCCUGGAGCGAUGGUUCGGUUCCGCCGUUCCCUCACGCUAAGCUUUCUAAUGAAGGCGUUUCUGGAGAUAAGCCAAUCAAGUGGAUAUGCCCCCAUUGACCCACGGGAGGUCAGUGCUAUUGAUCGGUUUCACGCUAAACCGAUCAAAGGACACCAAUUCUUUGAGAUUAGUCAAAACGGGAGCGAGAUCACCAAUCCGGUGGGAAAUCCUUUGAAACAUAAGUCGGCUGACAAACAAGCCACUGGCGAGGCAAUCUAUGUGGAUGAUAUGCCUUACUCUGAAAACGAGUGUUACAUCUCCUUUGUUCUUAGCACCAAGGCUCACGCAAAUAUCCUCAUGAUUGAUUCCUCUAAAGCCCAAAACGUCCCUGGAUACCUGGAUUUCUUCACCGUAAAGGAUAUCCUGCCAGAAAGAAAUGAAUAUGGGGUGGCCAUUCGGCGGGAUGAAGUCUUGUUUGCCGUUAACAAAGUGGAAACAAUUGGGCAAGUCAUUGGGAUCAUUGCGGCUGAGACUCAAGAGGCCGCUCAAAAGGCCGCCAAGUUGGUUAGGGUCGACUAUGAAGAGUUGAAACCCAUUGUAACCAUUGAGGAAGCGAUUGCGGCAAACUCUUUUCAUCCUUGGGCCAAUAACACCAUCGCCAAAGGUGAUGUCGAGGUUGCUUUCAAGGAGUGUGACCAUGUUUUAGAAGGCCAGAUGAGGACUGGGGCCCAAGAGCAUUUCUACCUUGAGACUCAGGCAUGUAUUGCUGUACCCAUUGGCGAAGACGGAGAGAUGCACCUUUACUCGUCCUCUCAAAAUCCCACUGAAACGCAAGAGUGUGUGGCUGAAGCUCUCGGUGUUGACAUGAACAAGGUUGUGUGUCACGUCCGAAGACUAGGGGGAGGCUUUGGUGGAAAGGAGACCCGUUGCGUGCCCAUUGCUCUUGGUUGUGCAUUUGUGGCGCAAAAAAUGCGUAGGCCUACCAGAGUAAUGCUGGAUCGGGACGAGGAUAUGGUUAUGUCCGGACAUAGACACCCUUUCCUCGCUAAGUAUAAAGUGGGGUUCAACAACGACGGUACCAUCAAGGCUCUCGAUUUAGACUUGUACAACAAUGCUGGAUAUACCAUGGACUUGUCCUUUUCCGUCAUGGAAAGAGCUAUGUUCCACUCUGACAACAGUUACCGUAUUGAGAAUGUUCACAUUCGGGGCCACGUUUGCAAAACCAAUGUACAGUCUAAUACGGCAUUCAGGGGUUUUGGUGGACCACAAGGAAUGAUGAUUGUCGAGAACUGGAUGGAUCAGAUGGCUGUUAAGUUGAAGAUGGAUCCCGUUCAGUUGCGUUUCAAGAACCUGUACGCCGAGCGAGAUGUGACAUAUUUCAAUACCAUCUUGCAACAUUGCACCUUGCAGCGGUGCUGGCAAGAAUGUCAGGAGAAGAGCCACUUCCAAGAACAACGUCAGGAAGUGGAUCAUUUUAAUCAAGCCAAUCGGUGGAAGAAACAGGGUAUCUACAUGGUACCAGUCAAGUUUGGGAUCGCCUUUGCGUCUCCACAUAUGAACCAAGGAGGCGCUUUGGUUCAAAUAUAUCGUGACGGGUCUGUACUGAUAACUCAUGGAGGAACCGAAAUGGGCCAGGGCCUCCACACCAAGAUGAUUCAAGUGGCCAGUCAAGUUUUCCAAAUCGCUCAUGAUAAGAUUCACUUGUCUGAAACGUCCACCGACAAGGUACCGAAUACCUCACCCACGGCAGCCAGUGUCGGGUCAGAUAUCAAUGGAAUGGCCAUUUUUAAUGCCUGUCACACUUUACUUAAACGGUUGGACGGGAUUAAGAAAAAGAACCCUUCAGGGUCGUGGGAUGAUUGGAUCAAGGCUGCCUAUUUUGAAAGGAUCAGCCUUUCAGCUGUGGGUUUCUACGCAACGCCUGAUCUUGGUUAUAAUUUCCAAACCAACACAGGAAAGCCAUUCCACUACUAUACUUACGGUGUUGGUUGCUCCCGGGUUGAAAUCGAUUGCUUGACCGGUGACCAUAAUGUCUUGCGGACGGACAUUGUCAUGGAUUUGGGAGAGUCAAUGAAUCCAGCCAUCGACAUUGGUCAGAUUGAAGGGGCAUUUGUUCAAGGGUACGGCCUUUUCGUAAUGGAGCAAUUGAUCCAUUCGGCAGAUGGGAAUCUCUUGACUCGAGGUCCAGGCGCAUACAAGAUUCCGGGCUUUGGGGACAUUCCCAAGGAGUUUAACGUGUCGCUCUUGAGAGGAGCGCCAAAUCCUCGAGCCGUAUUCUCAUCCAAAGCCGUAGGAGAGCCCCCCUUGUUUUUGGCUUCUUCCGUUUUCUUUGCCAUCAAAGAGGCUGUUAGGGCCGCACGGCUUGAAAAUCAAAUCGAAAAUGCCCAUGACUUUGAUCUUCCCGCACCAGUCACUUCGGAGAGGAUUCGAAUGGCCUGUGAGGAUAACAUCACGUCCAAGGUUCCCAAAUUACCACCUCAAGGCACUUUCAAACCGUGGGGAAUUCAAGUAUAACCACACACUAUCCCUUCCUAGUUUUAUGCUCAGAACAAAACAUGUCAAUAAAUGGGCUGCCUAAAGUAACAUUAA